AUGGCGAGGUACCAAGAUGGGCGGGAGGUCGGUCGGGAGGUUUCGAAGGACGAUGAAGGGAAACAACGCGAGGACAAUCGAUUAAAUGAUAUGGGGAUGCUGGGCAACAAGCGAAAGCGCCUAAAUUGGAUCGGUCACUGUCCAACAUACACGAGAGCCGGCGGCUGGAGCAGUCUCGAACGGUCUGACGAGCCCACAGUCAAGACCACAGAUAUGGGAGUAGCGAUCGGGGGAGGAUCCGCAGAUGACGACGCCCGGGGGGCGGCGGAUACUGUUGGGGGGGGGGGGGGAGGGGGGAACAACAGAAAACGGCUGGAAGCAAAUUAA